AUUUGGAUUAGUUUGAUUCUAUCACCUCUUCCUUAAGCUUCUACCAUGGCUGACCAUCAAAAUCCUAAACCCACCGAGAACUUCUCUUCACCGCCGUCAACAAAUCCACCGAAAAUCUCCGGCGGAUCAUCUAACGGUGGAUUUUCCGGCGCUCCACACUUUCCAAACCCGCCGGAUCGUACGAACCCAGACGCGGCUACACUGAGAGAGCAAUGGAGAUUCGCUAUCAAGCAGUACAGCAAAUGGUAUUCCCACGCUUGGGGAACUGCAAUUUUAGCUGGGCUUUCAUUUUACGCCCUUGGUUGGAUUAUCAAAGGCUCUAAUCCUUUGCCCUCAUUUAAGCACGAAGAAUCGGAUAAUAAAAAUGCUUCUUCGUCUUCGUCAUCUGAUGAUGCUGGUGCUGUUCCAGAGGUUAAGAGAAGUUGAUGAUGACGGCAAUUUCAUUUUAGUUGGAUAGUAGCAAGCAACUAGUAAUUGAAAGAAGCAUAUUAUACAUGGAAGCUCUUGACAGGAAGGAUUUUGACUUGACUUGACUCUCCCCACACAAAAAAUCUUAUCUCCAUAACGGCCUCUUGUUAUGCUGUGUUACUUUAAUCGCCACUGCCUUUUAGCUUUGAUCAUUAGAUGAGCGACUGUGCAUAUACAUUCUAUUGACCCCCUAAGUGUUGAUUGACAUCUUGUUAGUGAAAUAUCAUCCCAAGUGCUAAUUGUUUUCUCCUGUCUGGACCACCUCAUCCUUGACUAUAUUUUUUCCUUGUCUAUUACAAGUUUUAUGCUUUUCCGAAAGAGAAGAUGUGAUCUCAUUACCAUAUUAGAUAGUCAACACGACCAUUCUUUGUUUGCGAAUAUCUACUAGCUACUGUUUCUUUAAAUUGCCUUAGUUCUUUCCUCAGCUCUCCACUCUCGUUCCUUGUACCAUGUUGGGCUCCAGCAUGAACUGGCAUAAUACAUUCUCAGUUUCAAUUCCCAUGUGGGGUCAUUAUCUCUUGAAUUUUUAAAGGACUCAUAGGAGGAAAGAUGACAAGCUUAAAAGUUAUUUCUUUUCCUUGUCUUUGAAGUUCCGUGUCUAAUGUGUUCAACUUGUCAAUUUGGUAUCCUAUUAUGGUGGCAGAGACCUAUUAUCCAAUUCGCAACAUGGGAACAACACAUGGAAUGGGUGAUAAAGAAUGCAAAGGAAGAACAAUGAGACCUCAAGCUUUUAAAAUUGUAUACACUGAAUGUGUCUAUGCGAUAUGGUUAGAGCGGAACCAGCGAGUCUUUGAGAAGAAAGCCAGAGAUUAUGAAGUCAUUGCUAGAGAGAUAACAUAUAUGUGUAGUGUUCAACAAAUCUUUAGCUAGAAUAAUAAGUUGCGUAGAAACUGUGCUCUAACACUAUACAUAUAUGCUAUCUCUCUGGCAAUGACUUCAUAAUCUCUGGCUUUCUUCUCAAAGACUCGCUGGUUCCGCUCUAACCAUAUCGCAUAGACACAUUCAUUGUAUACAAUUUUAAAAGCUUGAUCUCUCAUUGUUCUUCCCUUUGCAUUCUUUAUCACCCAUUCCAUGUGUUGUUCCCAUGUUGCGAAUUGGAUAAUAGGUCUCUGCAACCAUAAUAGGAUUCUACUCCACAACUGCCUCCAAUUCGCAAGUAGUUCAGAUAAAGGAACUGAAAAUGAGAUAAAGAAUUAAGAGGUCUCUGGGUUACUCUUUCCCAUGUAAAGAGGGAGGAGUAAAAUGACCUUGCUCCCAAAAACAAAAGAAUGUGGAGUAAAUAUAAUGUUUUUAGUUGACUAAGCUUGUAAAGGCAGCCUUCUCUUGCCAUAAUCUUGCCUACCUGAUAUAUAGCAUGGCCAAGCUUCUGAAAUCAACUUAUUUUGAUUUACGGAAGUGCUUUAACAAAAAGUAUUUUUGGUGAGAGACCGUUUGUGUUCGGCUAAUCAAUUUGAAAAUCACUUUUGAAAGACUUGAAUUGUAUGCUAACUUUUACCAUGAAUUGUGUAGUCUCGAAUGUGCUCAAUGGUUUAUGUUGUUUAAUCAUUGUGAUAUUUUGUGAAAAAAUAAGCAGAGAAUAAUAAUGAAGAAAAAUCAUGAUUGUUAGUGUGUUCUGACUUCUGUCGUAUUUUUCAAUUCUUGUCUAAUUUGGAGGGACAAGAAUACAGUGAAUGAACUUCUGCCAUUGGGAUGAUGCAACUCUCUUUUUUCCUUGUUUUGUUUGGUUGUUCAUCUAAAGUAAAUUAGUUCUUGUUUCUGAGUAUGUUUGUCUUUUGGAUG